UUGGUCAGAAUAAAGUUGGAGGUGGAAGAAUAGUUUUUUUUCCCUGCGGGUUGGUGGAAGUGGCGAGAGGUUUUGCACAAAAGGAAACGCAUCUCACUUGAUGCUAAUCGUUGCGCACAUUCCCUUCAAACAAUUUCCUUGUGGUUUACAUCAACUUUAUUCCGCUUGUACCCGGAGCAGAUCGGAACUGCAUCUCUGCUUUUCCCUGAUUCACGGUUCUGAACUACACACACGUGUGUGUGUGUGUGUGUUUGUGUGAGAGAGAGAGAGAGAAAAACAGAGAGAUUUAACAUUUUUAUUUCUUUAAUCGGAGAAUUCAAUCACUCCAGGACUGGACAUCUAGAAAUGAAGAAAGCUUUUACCUUUUCUCUCUGGAUUUGGAUUGGAGUUGUUUGCAAUUCAGGUCUGGUGCAGGGAUUCUCGAUGUCAGCGCCCACACUCAACAUUUCAGGAACGGAGUACUCAAUCAACGCAAGCAACUCUCUUACCAUCACCUGCAGAGGGCAGAGGCCUCUGGGGUGGACCUGGCCUGGGAAAUUUGCAGUUGAAGACAACACAAAAUCAUCAUCGUACUGCUCCGAGGAGCCUGGGGGAAGGAUAGUGAAUAUAAGGGAGUGCGAUGGAUCGGACAGAGAAUAUUACUGCAAAACAUUCACGUUAAUAGGAGCCAGAGCUAAUGACACGGGCUAUUACCGUUGCUUUUAUCACUUCGUUGAAUCGAUUGUUGAUGGAGUUACAGCAACCAGUGUAUACGUCUUUGUAAAAGAUUUUCAGAACCCAUUUUUCAACGCUUCACCCAAUGCUACCCAAGCUCCACCAGUAUUGAUUGUAAGCAGCCCAACGGUUACCGUGCCCUGCCUGGUGUCCAUUCCAUAUCUCAACGUCACUCUGCGAGUGGGUUAUACAAGGACAAUUUCCCCAGAUGGAAAAAACGUUAUAUGGAAUAAUAGAGAGGGGAUGAUUAUCCUUCAACACAUGCUAGAAAACUUGUUAUACGUUACUUGUGAAACUGUCAUUGGUGACAAAACCUAUUUUACAGCACCGUACUUCUUCCAGGUUACAGGACAAAUAAUAUAUAAGUUCACACUGAAACCUGGCCACCCCGAGCUGGUGGUUGGGGAGAGGCUGGUACUGAACUGCACCAUCGAGGCGGAAUUCAACGUGGUUGUUGACUUUCAGUGGGAGUACCCUGGAAAAGGGACUGAUCGACCAGUGAUGAUUUCCUCGCAGAAACGGGAGCUGAACGCAGGGUCAGAGCUAAGCAGCACCCUUGUCAUAAACAACGUGACGACAGCAGAGCAAGGCACCUACGUUUGCAAGGCCAAUAAUGGCUUCAAAAUCAAGGAGGGAAGGGCAGAUGUCAUUGUACAUGAAAAGCCCUUCAUCCGUGUGGAUUACGAGAAGAGUUCAGUCAUUGAGGCGGUGGUGGGACAGAAAAAUGUGCGACUUCCUGUGAGGAUCCAAGCUUAUCCCCAGCCUGAGAUCAAAUGGCUUAAAAAUGGAACACCUAUCAAGAAAAGUGCAACUUUUAACAAGGUGAAACUUUCUCCAUUGGGUUUGAUGAUUGUGCAGGUGACAGAGCAGGAUGCAGGAAACUACACCAUAGAGCUACGGAACAGCAAAGCCAAACUAGAGGAACGUCUCCAGCUGGAGCUUAUAGUCAACGUCCCGCCUCAGAUUCAUGAGAAGGAAGUGGCUUCCCCGACCAACAUCUACCCACGUGGAAGUCGCCAAACACUGACCUGCACCGUCUAUGGGAUCCCUGCUCCUGCGAAAAUACAAUGGCACUGGAGGCCAUGGGGACCCUGUGGUUUAAACUCCUAUCGAAGCCUGGGUCGUCGAGCGACCAUGGUGCGUCGCCCUCGGGACAGGACCCCUGAGUGCCGAAACUGGAGGGACAUCUCAACAGGGAACACUGUCAACAGGAUUGAAAGCAUUGAAACAAGCACAGAGAUUCUGGAGGGGAGGAACAAGACGGUCAGCAAGCUGGUGAUUUUAGCUGCAAACAUCUCCGUCAUGUACAAAUGUUCUGCUUUCAACAAGGUUGGACACGAUGACCGGGUUAUCUACUUCUACGUGACAAGUAUCCCAGAAGGGUUUGGUAUCGACCUGCAGCCUUCAGAGAACCCGGUGGAAGGUGAGAACAUGAAGCUACGUUGCAACGCAGAUAACUACACGUACGAGAAUCUGCGGUGGUACCGGCUCCUGCCCAGCGCCCUCGAGGGGGAGCUUGGAGACCCUCCAGUCCUGGAGUGUAAGAGCAUGCAUCUCUUCGCCAAGGAGAUGAGAGGAGUGAUGACAAUGGACUCGCGGAUGAAAGACGUGGCACUUGAGCUUCAGAUCCCCAGCAUUACUCUAAACGAUGAGGGGGAUUACGUGUGUGAGGUACAGAAUAAGAAAACCGGGGAGAAGCAUUGCCACAGGAAAUACAUCUUAGUGCGAGCUCAGGAGAGGCCGAGUCUGCUCGUCAACCUGACCGAUAUCUCGGUCAACGUCAGUGACUCCAUCCAGAUGAACUGUAGAGCCAGUGGCACACCCCACCCCACCGUCAUCUGGUUCAAAGAUGAAAAACCACUCCAUGAUCUCCCAGGGGUCACCCUCAUUGAGCAAAACCAAACACUGACCAUCCAACGAGUGCAAGAGGAGGACUCAGGUCUUUACAAGUGCUUCGCCUGUAACUCCAAGGGCUGCGUGAACUCAUCCGCCAUCAUCACUGUUGAAGGAGGUGAUGAUAAGUCCAAUAUCGAAGUUGUGAUCCUGGUUGGGACUGGAGUUAUUGCUGUCUUCUUUUGGGUUCUGCUCAUCCUCAUCUUCUGUAAUGUCAAGCGGGUAAGAUUCCUGGGGACUAGUCCAGCCGAUAUUAAAACCGGAUACCUGUCGAUAAUCAUGGAUCCAGAUGAGAUCCCAUUGGAUGAGCAGUGCGAGUAUCUGCCCUAUGAUUCUAGCAAGUGGGAGUUCCCGCGGGACCGGCUGCGACUCGGCAAAACUCUGGGUCACGGAGCGUUUGGGAAAGUUGUUGAAGCCUCAGCUUUCGGAAUUGACAAAAGCAGCAGCUGCAAGACUGUGGCAGUGAAAAUGUUAAAAGAUGGAGCCACAGCGAAUGAACACAAGGCACUGAUGUCAGAACUGAAGAUUCUCAUCCACAUUGGAAACCAUCUCAAUGUUGUCAACCUCCUAGGAGCCUGCACAAAAGCAAAUGGUCCUUUGAUGGUGAUUGUGGAAUACUGUAAAUAUGGAAACCUUUCCAACUAUUUGAGGAACAAGCGUGAAGAUUUCAUCCCCUACAGGGACCGAGCGCCAAAGAUGAGGAAUCAGGUGAUCUCGAUGGUGGAAGUAGUGAAAGGAUUGGACAACAGGAACCGGGGCAGUACCAGUGAGAAUGCAAUCUGUAAACGAGCAGCCGUGGAGAAAAUCCUCAGUCACCCUGAGGAUCUGGUAGAAGUUGACGAUCUCUGGCAAUGCCCCCUGACCCUGGUUGACCUGAUCUGCUACAGCUUCCAAGUGGCUCGUGGGAUGGAGUUCCUGGCAUCCAGAAAGUGUAUUCACAGAGACCUGGCAGCUCGCAACAUUCUCCUGUCUGAAAACAAUGUGGUGAAGAUCUGUGAUUUUGGCCUCGCCAGAGAUAUUUACAAGGAUCCCGAUUAUGUGCGAAAGGGGAAUGCUAGACUCCCACUCAAGUGGAUGGCUCCUGAGAGCAUUUUCGAUAAAGUUUACACCACUCAGAGCGAUGUUUGGUCGUUUGGGGUCCUCCUAUGGGAGAUCUUUUCUCUGGGCGUUUCUCCCUAUCCUGGAGUCCAGAUCAACGAGGAAUUCUGCCAGAGACUGCGGGAAGGCACCAGAAUGCGAGCUCCAGAAUACGCCACAGCGGAAAUCUAUCGUAUCAUGCUGGGCAGCUGGCAAGGGGAGCCAAAAGACAGGCCAACCUUCUCCGAUCUGGUGGAGCUCCUCGGAGAUCUGUUGCAAGCCAAUGUCCAACAGGAUGGGAAAGAUUACAUUCCUCUCAGUAUGUUGCAGUGUACAGAAGAUGACUUGGGCUUUUCCCAGCCGCAUUCAUCCAUGCCUCAUGGAGAUGAUAAAGGGUCUGAAUCGAGAUUAAGAUGUGACAGUAUAGGACCGAGGUACUAUAACUGUGUCUCUUUUCCCGGACAUAUAAGUGGGGAGAGUCAGAUUAAGUGCCCAUCAAGAGUGAAAACAUUUGAAGAUGUCCCAGUGGAACAGACAAUGAAACCUAUGCAAAAUGACAACCAGACAGACAGCGGGAUGGUCCUGGCUUCUGAAGAGCUUGAGAAGAUAGAAACCAAGCAUAAAAAGCAAAUGGUGUUCAGAAAACCCUCAAGUAUAAACACAGACAUGGCCUCGGAGUUUUGCAGACGGCCGGACAGGUGUAGGUGCAGAUCAGCCUGGUGUCCUGAGACCUCGGGGCAGAUCAUUCACAGCAAUGACUAUGGACACCUUUCGCACGGCGCUCAGGAGCGCGAGGGACGGAGUACACAGCCUGUGGAUCCCAUUACCCCAGAAAGCACCUCCCGCUUCUAGGCCCCGAUUCCCACAGGAAGAAUCUCCGCAGGAAUCCUAGUUCACUGUAUCAGCCCAAUGCAACAUUUUAGACUUUAUUCCGGCGAAUAUCUCGCUCACUCUAAGCAGUUCUUCCACUACAACUGGCAUGAAGUGACUAAAUAUCAAGGGAACCAGAGAGGUGGAUUUUCAGCUGACUUCCCGGGUGUGUAACUCAUUCAGUAUACAAACAGCCCGGUUUUCAAUUGCAGUUAUUUCACUGCAAAUGAAAAUUUGGCAGUCUCUGUAACUAGCUGCCUGGGAAUAAGUUUGAAACCUUCCCUAACUGUGUUGGAGGACCUUAGCUUUCCAAAAAAAAGAAACUAUAUAUAACCAGAUUUGUAAUUAUGACUUUAUUCGAAGAGUCCUUUUGAAAGUCUGUGUUGUUUUCUAUUAGUUUUAUUUUUUUCCUCUACUUUUAUUGCCAAACUCAGAAAUUUACUGGGAAUCUGUGUAUUUUGACACUGCAAUAUAAAAAUAAUAGAGUUUAACUUUGAACAUUUACAAGUUGCUUGUUCACAGGUUCCACACUGGGGGAGGGGCAGGAAUACCCAGCUUCUCAGUGUCAACUAUUUAUUGUGAGAUUGUUAAUGUUUGUAUAAAGAACGUCUGCACAAUUUCACAUUAAAUAGUGAGCAGCCAAAAUCUCCCCUCUUUGAGAAAAUUCAAGUGAUUUCCUUUCUGAAAUAUUGUUUAACAUUGAGAUAUUGAGUUGUUCAAUGUUUGGGUCCCAGACAGUCUCUCACUCUCUCUCUCUCUCUCACACACACAAUCCCUCUCAUCUGAUUAUCAUGUACUGCUAGCCUGUAUCUGUGCUACCAAUUUACUAGAUUGCCUGACCCUGUCUCGUAAGCUAUAGAAAUGGUGAUGACAUUAGUAUACAGAGAAAAAGAACUUGCAUUAUAGUGCCCUUCGUGACGUCUUGAUGUUCCAAGGCGCUUUACCAGCCAAUGAAGUACUUUUGAAGUGCAGUCACUGUGGUAAUGUAGGAAAUGCAGCAGCCAAUUUAUGCACAGCAAGAUCCCACAAUCAGCAGUGAAAUAAAUGACUUGAUAAUUGUUAUUUUUAAUAUUGGUUGAGGGAUAAAUAUUGUCCGGAACACUGGGGAAGAACUCCAGACUGCACUCCUGUCUAACCACAGCCCAGACUGCGCUCCUGUCUAGCCAUGACCCAGACUGCACUACUGUCUAGCUGCAACCCUGGACUGCACUAUUGUCUAGCCCCAACCCCAGACUGUCUUCCUGCCUAGCCUGAAACUAGACUGCCCUCCUACCUAGCCAAUCCCCAACCAACAGCGAUACCAUUGAAUAUUAGCCAUUACUUUUUAAACUUCCCCCUGUCAGAUUUUGAUGCAUAUGGAAUAUUAGGGUCCUCAUUUCUCUUGGUGUCAUCAUCUUCUGCUUUGUGAUAUUUUGUACUCAGCUUAGCUCUUCUUUCAUUCCUGUAAUGUACACGGCUCAGGCAAUCCCCUCCCAUUCUUUCUCUUCAUAACCUCUGCUCUUACAAAAAUAAUUACACAAGCUUAAAAAUACACAAAGCAGAUUAAUCAAUGUGAAUAUUAUUGGGAGGGAGAGAAAGGAUGAGAAGGGAGAAAGAGGAGAGUGUUCUGUGCAUUUCAUGUUAACAGGAUUAUAAUUGUUAUUUUUUUGAUGAUGACUGAAAUCAUGGUUUUGUAAAUGCUUCUGUCUUCUUGUUGAAAUUGAUACUUUUAUUGCUAAAUCUGGGCAGGCGCCUGGCCUGCAGAGAUAUGUGAUACGCUGAAAUAUCAUUGAUUAUUAUAUACAAUGAUGACUUGUAUUAACAUAGAGCUUUCAAUGUAGUAAAAUGACGCAAGGUGCCUCACAGGAGCUUAUCAAACAAAAAUUUGACAGCAAGCCACAUAAGGAAUAUUAGGACAGGUGACUAAAAGCUUGAUCAAAAACAUAGGUUUUUAAGGAGUAUCUUCAAGGAGGAAAGGGAGAUAGAGAGGCGGAGAAGUUUAGGAAGGAAUUCCAGAGUUUCAGGCCUAUACAGCGGAUGGCAUGGCCAGCAAUAUUGGAGGGAUGCAAAUCAGGGAUAUGCCGGAGGCCAGAAUUGGAGGAAAGCAGAGAUCUCAGGUGUUUGUGGGACUGGAGGUGGUUACAGAGAUAGGGAAGGGCAAGGCCAUGAAGGGAUUUGAACGUAAUGAUUUUUAAAUUGAGUGAACCGUUUAUGGUGUGAUCUCUCUGUGACUGAGGGGAUGAAUGAUCUGCUUUUAAUUCCCACAACAUGGAACCAUUAGCCCAGGAGACAAAUUUUCAGAAGUGUCAUGACCCCCUGCUCCUCCAGGUACCUCACCCUAGUCGGCACCCUUCACACAUGAGUUGAGACAGUGAAUAUUGGCAGGCUAUUGUUCUCUGGAAGGAGCAUCACAGCCAAGUCUAAUUUUGUCCUUCAACCAACGCGCAUGUAUCAACACACACGUAUCAACACGCACUCAUCAAUGCCCGCACAUACGCAUCAACAUGCAUGCACAUGCGCACACACGCAUAGAUCAACACACACAUACACACACAAGUGUGACCAAGUGACCAAGAGGCAUCACGAGUCCAUUAGGUUAAUGACAACCAUUGUUGUGUUCAUGCCCUCGCUCAGGUCAGUGAAUUCAGCGAAGACCAAGAAUCAAGGACAAAAGCUUGGGGUCACCUUUGACCACACGCAACAGCAUAAGACAAGUGGUAGCGAGGCAGCAACCUGUUUUACAUCUCCGUUGUGCUUUUUAUUCCCAUUGAGGUGAGGGAAUUUUAACCUGGAACACACUGCCUCGAAGGCCAAGAGAAACAAGUUCAGUAACAGCUUUCAAAAGAGAUUUGAAGAAAUACCUACCUUCUCACCUAAUCCCUCAAUCCUUCUCACUAAAUCAGUCAACCCCUUGUUUAUCCUCACGAGCUGUUGGAUAAAAAUUGCUUCAAAGCUCAGUCGUAUCUUGACCAUGGUUAGUAGCUGCUCACCGAUAGGCUUCAAUUUGUUCUACCUGAGUUCAUUCACAAAACACAGUUUCGUUGUGAUAUUCACACCUUGGCCGUUCAGUACCUUUAUGAAUGAAUUUUCAGUUGUUAAACAACCCCUGAUGGUCAGUUAUUUUGAGUUUGAUCACUGAAUUGCUGCUGAUUUAUUUAAUGAUAUCCUACUCAGUGUUAUCACAUACCUCUGUGUAUUAACUGGAAAUGCUACUGUGGUCUAGCUUGCUAGAACUUCUAAAGAUGGGAUUGCAGCAAAAAAGUGCAUACUUUUUAUUCAUUGACAAAACCAUCGUGUGACUCACCAAUUCGGACUCUCUUUCAUGAAUAAUACAAUGAGAUUGCUCCUUUCAACUUUCUCCUCUUAUUUCUCCUGAACUCCAAAAAGCUCCAACAUGCACUUUCCUCAUCCAGAUAUUAUCGACCUGCUGAUGUCAACACUCAUUCCCUUACUCGGAUUCAUUUUCAGGUACUUCAGGCACUCCAGUGAAACCCCCGCCUCCCUCAGUCUCCCCUCCAAACUGUGGAACACCUCCCCUCCCUCAGUCUCCACUCCAAAUUGUGGAACUCACACAAUCACAUAAUAGUUACACAGCAGAGAGAACAUUCAGCCCGUCAUGUCUGCGCCGGCUCUCCGGAUGAGCAAAUCACCUGGUGCCCCUCCCCCACCUUUCACCAGAACCCUGCAUGUUCUUCCCUUUCAGGCAAUAGUCCCUUUCGAAUGCCUCAACUAAACCUGCCUCCACCACCCACUCUCAGGCAGUGCAUUCCAGGUCUUAACCAGUCACUGCGUGAUAAAAGUGUUUCCUCGUGUCUCCGUUGCUUUCUUUUUUGCCGAUUACCUUAAAUCUGUACCCUCUUGUUCUCAAUCCUUAGGCCAGCGGGAACAGUUUUUGCCUUUUUUUUUACCCCUCUCCUCCAUCACUCUGCGCUCCAAACUGUGGAAUUCCUUACAUCCUUACAUAAGUCUUCCCUUCCUCCUUCAAUUGAUAGGCUCUAUGGAAUCUGAGCCUGGUGUCAACUGACGCCAACACAUUGCUCAGAUUCAAAGAUGCUCCCUCGCUGCCGACCAUUUGGCCCAAACAGGGGCAUUUGGACCCGUAGCGCUGCAAUGGUGCUGUCAAUGUUUCCUGCAGCUCUCCCAUCUUUAAAGUGUUAAUUGUGACCCUCUUGUAUUUUUAUUGUGUCUCUGCUCGGUGUUUUUGAAUGGAAUUCUGCCACGAUCACUAAAGCCGCAGCUAUUGUUUACAGUUACAUUAAUAAUAAGGGGUGGGUGGUAAAA